CUGCCACUUCUGGCAAAAAUAGCAUAAAAUGUGUAAUAUCUGUCCAUAGUCCAUAAUAAUGCUUCCUCCAGUGAAAAAGUCCAUCCCCUGCUGUUCCUCUCACACCAUUUAUUUAGAAGUGUUUGAACCGUUUUCAUUUGUAAACUGUGCUUGAUCUGUUUCAUUCCUGAUUUCACUUCUGAUUCAUGCGAGAUGACUUUUUCACUGGAAAAAGAAGUAAAUAGACGUAAUGUUAUAGAUAGACUUGUAUUUUAGCCAGAAGCAUGGUUUGAAGUUAAAAAACAUCUUGAUGGAUUUGUUAAUUAUGAAGAUGCAGGUUUUCGCUUCACUGGAGUUGUGUGGAUUACUUGUGGAUUAUUGUGAUGUUGUUUGAACUCCUGCAGAGGAUCAUAGAUGGCCUGAAGAACCCCGAGAUGUUAACCAGGAAGAUUCAACUGUGGGACAUCAAUGCCCACAUCACCUGUCGUCUGUGUGAGGGGUACCUGAUCGAUGCCACCACAGUCACUGAGUGCUUACACACCUUCUGCAGGAGCUGUUUGGUGAAGUACCUAGAAGAGAACAACACGUGUCCCACAUGUCGGAUUGUCAUUCACCAGAGCCAUCCACUGCAGUACAUCGGCCAUGACCGAACAAUGCAAGAUAUUGUCUAUAAGUUGGUGCCAGGACUGCAAGAAGCGGAGAUGAAGAAACAGAGAGAAUUCUAUCAGAAGUUAGGCAUGGAAGUGCCUGGAGACAUCAAAGGAGAACUGUGCAACAUGAAAACACACCUGGACGCUCAACGCAAUGGUGACCUGAAAUCAGAAGAUCCAGCCAAUAAGGAAGCAGGAGACGAGAAAGCAGAGGAGGACAAUGACUACCAUCGCAGUGAUGAGCAGGUGAGUAUCUGUCUGGAGUGUAACAGCAGUAAGCUCAGAGGCCUCAAGCGGAAGUGGAUUCGUUGUUCGGCUCAGGCGACCGUUCUCCACCUCAAGAAGUUCAUCGCAAAAAAGCUAAACCUGACAUCUUUCAAUGAGCUGGACAUCUUAUGCAAUGAAGAAAUCUUGGGCAAGGACCAUACUUUGAAAUUUGUUGUGGUAACAAGAUGGAGAUUUAAGAAAUCCCCCCUCCUCCUUCAUUACAGACCCAAAAUGGAUCUGCUGUAGUUGGACAAAAACGCUUGGUUGUUUUGGCCCAGUGGCUGAGGACUGUGCUACGUGCUAUAUAUGCAUAGACCAUCAACGCCCGCAACAAACGAACACCCGUCAACACGGAUAUGAGCCAGCAAACAACAAAACCAGCACAGCCACUGCGACGCUGACGACUUACGGAAACAACCGCUUUUCUCUGUCUUUUCGUCCUCUAUAUGUCCUAGAUAUGUGAAAAAUUGAGAGAAAGCAUAUAUUUAUACUUUUGUAUAGUUGAGAAAAGUGGAACCAAGACCCAAUUGGUGCACUGUUUACACUAUUAAAACAAAAAAAGACAAAAAAAAAAAGAAGGUCAUGAGAAAGGUUUAACUUUUUUUUUUUGUACUAUUGGACUUUGUUCCCACUUCAGUUAUGGGCAAGAUGGUGCUCGUUGUCUGCCGUCCUCCAUGGAAGUGUCCACUUUUACACUGCUAACCAGAAGAGAGGAGGUGUUUCAAACUGACUGCUCUCUCUCAGGUCUUAGCUAACACUUCUCGGGAGCGCAGAGCCUUUCUAAACUUAUAUAAAGCAGUUUAUAUGAGUGUAUUAUUUCAGAGCGGUUUCUUUCUUUACUUUCCGACGUCUCUACGAGUGGAAUUGUGAAUAGGCAAAUUUAUGUGUAGUAUUUAUGUUCUAUUUACCAAUAUUGUAUAUAAAAGUUGUUGAUGGAGAGGAAGGAUGAAAGAGUGUGUGAAAGACUUAAAGGCUAGAAAAAUAGAGACCGUUUAGAGUGGUUUUCCAAAAGUGCUAUAUUUUGGCCUGCGUUUAUGUGGCUACAUGGAAAAGACAUAAAUAUUCAGUAAAUAAAGGCAGAUUGCAAAUUAGGUGAAAUUGACAAAAUAUUUUUCACUCCAAAAUCAAAAGAAAAAAAAAGAAGGAAAAGAAAUUGUAUUUUGCUUAAAGAAAAUUAAGCUUGGUUUUUGGACCAUUAAGAUUUGUUUUGUUUUUAUUUUCAUAAUUAUGCAAAUCCCCCGCCUAAAUUCAGUCGUGUCAUAAAACAUAUAGAUUAAUUAUAAAUUAUGCAUUUAUGCAAUUAUGUUUUUGUGAUUUUCAUUUUUCUCAAUGCAGAUUCUCAUUUCUGUAAUACAGUAAAAAUGUAUUACAGUAAAAAAAUUUAAUUCAGCCUAUUAUCAUUAUUUACAGCACAUCUUAAAGUCAAUACAGUCUAAACAUCUGUAAUGUAUAAAUGCAAUUUAAAAAUCAAAUUUUAUUUAAAAAAUUUUGUAUAUGCAUUGCGGUAAUGAGAAGUUUUGGAGAAUGUUUUAAUUAAGAAAAUAUCAUCACAAUGCAAAAAAUCUUAAUGGUUAUAAAAACAAACUACUUUUUCUUUAAUAUAAUUUAAUAAAUGAACUAUAAUAAUAUUCAUUAUUAUUAUUAUUAUUUUAUCAAAUUAUUUUACAAAACAUAUAUAAAUAUUUAGUUUUUCCCUCUUUUUUCAUUAGAUUUUGGGGUAAAUAUGACCCAAGCUAUUGGACAAGGGUUAGGAAAUUCUAUCAGUACAUCUUUUUAAGUGUCUAAUUAAAUGCAUCAGUGAUUAAAAAUCAAUUUCUGAACCGGAAAGGUGCUUUUAAUCAUUUAAACCUCCCGAAUGUUAAUUUGCAGCUCUAGAAUCAUUAAGGAUGUGUACGAAUGAUUUCUUAAAAUGUUAAUAUCUUUAACUUACUUUCAGAAACAGCCAACCCCUCAGAUACAUGUAUGUCUUGUCGUAUAAUCCCACAGCCUCAAUGUCACAUAUGCAAUGCAUUACCUUUUAAUUGAGAAAAAAAGAUGAAACAUUCAGUCCUUCCUUACGAUGACGGUCAGUUCUCCGCUCCUCCGCAGUUCGAAUGUAACCCAAAAGUAACCGUCCAUAUGUAUUGUACAGUUAUUUGUUUUAUCACUGUCUUUAGUGCCAAAGGCUUCAUCCUCCCUCUUGACUUCACUCUAUUCCGGAUGGCAAGCUGCAUGAAUGGCAGAAUGCGAACAGCGUUUGACCUUAACCGAUUUAAUAUAGAGGAAUAUGGUAAAUUGAGAUCAGAGAUUUAUAUUUAUGAUUUUUCUGGUUAGGUUAGUGAAAAUUGGCUAUUUGUCGAAAUUAUUUUUUUUGUGAGCCCUAAAUGAGUUAUAGUAAUUUAUAUUUCCAUUGUGGACUUUGGCAGACACACUGCCUCUAGUUGAUCAAACAUUAAAGGGCUCUUAUAAGAUUUCUAACCUAAAUGUAUUUGAAACCUUUCUUAAAGAGCUAAUUGACUUUUUAUAUCCAAACAUUUACUUAAAAAGUCUGUUUUUACUUUGAAACAAUGAGCAGGCCUGCGUCAUCUCCUAUAGCGGUCAACUUUUACACGGGUAAAUGCCAAACCAGCUUGACCAAAUCUUUCUGGAUCUCAUCAUUAAGUUAUUCCACAAAUAUAGAUGUUUUGUAAAUCCAGUACUGCAGUCUUGCAUAGAAAUAAUGUUUUGUCUGCCCGUGAGUCUUUUUUCACUGUCUUAUAAUGUGAAUUAUCUCAGUAUGCAUUCUGUCUUCAGACUCAAUUAAU